AUGUUGUGGACCAUAAUGAUCGCGUUGAUGAUCAAUAACAGGAGCAGUGAAGUGACUGCUUCCUCCCUCUCUACUCCGCCAUCGCCGCCGUCAUCGUUGCCAUCAUCGUCGCCAUCAUCCUGCUCGACCUGUGCAUCUUCCGCUUCCCGGUGGGCCGCAACAUCCGCGAUUUCCUCGUCCGCAAGAUACCCUUCUGCAUCGCGUUCUACAGCUGAUCUCCGCAAUUUGGUUGGCGCAAAUUUCUUAAUCCUUAUUCCACAGAUCACAUAA